CUAAAUCAUGUUUCCUGCUACCUAGAGUCCGGGUGAUGAAAUAUGUUCUGAAUGUUCUGUGAAGCAGUGCAUAAAGGAACUUACGAGUAUGAAAUCAUUUUUAUGCAGCGCAAUGCUAGCAAAUGCAGAUGAGAACGGCGAGGCGCAUAUCAUGUUGUGCCGUGUUCUGUUGGGCCGGCCAGAGGCCAUCCCGGCCGGGUCCUCCAAGCUCCACCCCAGCAGUGACAAUUACGACAGUGCCAUCGACAACAUGCAGAACCCACAGUGGUAUGUUGUUUGGGGCAAGGACAUGAACAUGAGGAUCCUCCCAGAGUACGUCGUCAACUUCAAGUGUCCCAACCUCCAUCAGAUGCAAGGAUCAUCGGGAGCGAACUCCACGCUAAAGAAGCCUUCGCCGGUGGCUCAUGACAUGUUUCCGACGCUUCUAGCAGAGAUCCAGUGGUUCAUGCCAUCUUCCAAGCUGCAGACAUUGCAGGGGACCUACAAUUGCUUCAAGGUAAAUUGGUGGGGGUGCUUAUUAGUAUAGGGUGUGCCAAUAUAAUAGCAAUUACGGAAAGAAAUCUAGAGAAUUGGUCUCUGGCAGGGGGACUCUUGA